AUGUUUCAUCCGCAGGAGCCAAAGCUCACUAAAGCCCAGAUAUCCUCCUCUCAGUUUGUGGUGCGUAUCUUCAGAAUACCUUUCCUGUUUCUGAAUUUUGGGAGAAGUUUCUACCUUUCAGUGACUCAACCAUACCCUAGUUACAAGGAAGGCAAACCAGGAAAUGAUUUAAAUCCCCAAACUAUUCAAAAUUGGGAUCUGAUUAUUUCACCCAAUUUACCACUCAGAUUUCAACCCGCCAGCACACCCUGGAUUUGCUGCUCAAAGAACCGAAAUGCCCUAGAAAUAAAUGCUAGUCCUCAAAAAGCAUCCUUGAAAGUAGAUAGUAAGUAG